UGCACUCUCCCACGAAAACUCACUUCAGUAACCAAAAGAACAAAACACAAAAGCAGAAAAAUAUGGCAGCCUUAUCAUUAUAUCUGCUGCUUACUUGGAUGUUCCUACUCUCUCUCUUUCGUACUAGGCUUGCUGAGGUAUCAUGUCAUGCGGAUGAGAGCUCUGCCUUAAUGGAAUUCAAGAGAAGUUUCAGAACCAACACGACAGAUUCGCGAUGCAUUUAUCCAAAGGUACACUCUUGGUCUCUGGAUGGAAGUAGAGAUUGUUGUUCGUGGGACGGCAUCGAAUGUGAUGAGGUCACCGGCCGAGUGAUUGCCCUCAACCUCAGUAGCAGCUGUCUCUCGGGCACCAUGAGUCCCAACACCACUCUCUUUCGACUCGUUCACGUGGAGUCACUCAAUCUUGCUUACAACAGCUUCAACUUAUCCCCAAUCCCGUACGGCUUCAGCAAUCUUUCGAGGUUACAAUACCUUAAUCUCUCCAAUUCGGAUUUUUUCGGUGAAAUCCCUCACGAUAUUUCACAGCUAUCCCGGUUAGUUUCUCUCGAUUUGUCCUCUUCUUGGGACGUGACACUUCAUUUGCCCAACAUGGGCGACCUUGUCCAUAAUUUGACUGGGCUAAAAGAACUCAAUCUUUAUUCCGUAAGCUUGUCAUCCCCUAUCCCUCCCGAGCUAGUGAAUUUCUCCUCCUUGACAUCGCUUGAGCUUCGAUAUUGUGGAUUGAAUGGAGACUUUCCGGUCAGCAUUUUUCAGCUGCCAAAGUUGGAAAUCCUUGACAUUGGUGGCAAUUCCAACCUUUCUGGUUUUCUUCCCAAACUGCAUUGGGGUUCUCCAUUGAAAUCGUUAUACCUUUUCCAGACCGAUUUCUCGGGAGAAAUACCCGCUUCGAUCGGCAAUCUUAGUCUCUUGAAUGAGUUAGACGCCUCGUGGUGCCCUUUUUCGGGAUCACUUCCCUCUUCAUUGGGCAAUCUUUCUCAUCUCACUACACUAGUCCUUUACAGAAAUAACUUGCAAGGUCAAAUCCCUGUUUCCUUUGCUGAUCUUACCCAGCUAUCGGAGCUAUGGCUCUCUUCCAAGCUUGGACAUGGUGGAUUCAAUGGAGACUUUCCAGUCCGCAUUUUUCAGCUGCCAAACUUGGAUUUCCUUUUAAUUGAAGGCACUUCCAACCUUUCUGGUUUUCUUCCCAAAUCGCAUUGGGGUUCUCCAUUGAAACACAUAGAACUUUACAAUACCAAUUUCUCGGGAGAAAUACCCGCUUCGAUUGGAAAUCUUAGUCUCUUGAAUGAUUUUGAAGCUCGUGGGUGCUAUUUUUCGGGAUCACUUCCCUCUUCAUUGGGUAAUCUUUCUCAUCUCGCUGUACUAUACCUUGACGGAAAUAACUUGCAAGGUCAAAUCCCCGUUUCCUUUGCUGAUCUUACCCAGCUGUCGAUGCUAUAUCUCUAUUCCAAUAACUUGAGUGGUGAUACUUUGGAGUGGAUGGUCAACUUGACAAACCUUCACGACUUGUUCAUUUCAGAUAAUCGGCUAAGCGGUGGACUUCCAUCUUCAUUUGCGAACCUGAAGCAGCUGAAUAUGCUCGACCUUUCUCGCAACGACUUGGGCGGUGAUAUUCCGAGCACAUUCUGGAAUCUGAAGGAUCUUGAAGUGCUCGAUCUGGGGUCGUUUAAUAUCAAUGGCUCUUUCGAUUUAAAUGAUAUAUUCAAACUCAAGAACUUGAGAGAGUUAGAUUUGUCCUUCAACAAUAUAUCGUUCACCAAGUCAGCUAUCAACGCCACUACACCGCAGCUUGGCUACUUAUCCUUGGAUUCGUGCAACUUGACCGAGUUCCCACUGUUUAUAGGCUACUUAAGCGAAUUGACGUGGUUAGACCUAUCACACAACAGAAUCCGAGGGACCAUUCCUAGAUGGGUGUGGAACAAUAGCAAAGAAUCUCUCAAGUUUAUAGAUCUUUCUCACAAUCUUUUAACUAGCUUCGAAAACAACCAGACCAAUCUUCCUUUGCCGAACUUGUGGCAUCUUGACGUGAGUUCUAACUUGCUAGAAACAACCCUCCCUGUCCCACCUCCCUCGGUCCGGGUCUACAACAUCUCAAACAAUUCCCUAUCUGGGAAAGUUCCAGCAUGCAUUUGUGAAGUGAGCUAUCUUGUCGUGCUCGAUUUGUCCAGCAAUUCUCUUAAUGGCACACUCCCUCCUUGUUUGGGUAGUAUUGGCCCUUUGAGUGUAUUGAAUCUCGCGAGAAAUAAAUUUGAGGGCAUGAUUCCUCACAUUUACCCAGAUGGUUGUUCAUUGAGGAUGAUCGACCUAGGAGAAAAUCGACUGAGAGGUAUUGCUCCGAGAUCUUUAGGCAAUUGCAGAAUGCUGGAGUAUUUAAAUCUCGGUGACAACCAAAUUAAUGAUACAUUCCCAUUUUGGCUAUCGGAAUUGGCCUACCUAAAAGUUAUUGGCUUGCAGUCCAAUAUGUUCCAUGGACCCAUAGAAGAUAAUCUAGGCCAGCUUAACUUCACCAGUUUACACAUCUUGGACCUAUCCAACAACAGCUUCAGUGGUGAACUUCCUUCUAAGUUGUUAAAGAGUUGCCGUGCCAUGAAGUUCAUCGAUGGUCAAGAAAAGUUGGCAUAUUUGAGUUUUUAUAAUCCGCUUGAUAUGGAUUAUGUUCAAUACAACGAAAGGUUGACUUAUGCGAUGACAUUAAUGAGUAAGGGCAUGAAAAGGGAAUAUGCGAAGAUUUCGGAUGUCCUCAUGGUGAUUGACUUCUCCAAUAACAAGUUCGAAGGAUUCAUUCCUGAACUCAUUGGAGAUCUGAAGUCACUUCGUAUGCUUAACCUUUCAGACAACUUCCUCAAUGGUAGCAUCCCUCCUUCCUUGGCCAACCUGACAGUGCUCGAAUCACUGGAUCUUUCCCUGAACAAUCUCACAGGAGAGAUUCCUCAACAACUAGCCAGCCUCACAUUUCUCGAGGUUUUCGAUGUCUCUCGCAAUCGACUAUCGGGACCGAUACCACGUGGAACACAGUUCGACACAUUCGGGAGCAAUUCAUUUGCGAUGAAUGAGGGGCUGUGUGGAGGUCCUCUGCCAAAUAAAUGCACAAUUGGUGAAAGCACUACACCACCACUAUCGUCUUUCAAAGUAGAUAAUGAAGAAGAGUCUCUAUUUGACUUGGAUUGGAAAAUCGUUCUGGCUGGCACUGGAGUUGGGUUUUUGGUUGGUGUUGUGCUAGGGAACUUGAUCAUUGACGAGAAGAGUAGGUGGUUCUUGCACUACUCCAAGAGAAUGGCAAAAGGAUGUAAAAGGUGAGAUAAGCUCUAGCGGACAAGAAAAUAUGCAGCUAGGUACUUAAUGCCCUGUAUCUAAGUUGUUUGUUUAGUACCGUGCAUGUCUGAAGAUUCUAAUCUAUGUUUGUUUGCAUGGUUCAGUAUACUAUUAUGGAGAUGUUGUUUUGUUGCUCGUGAAAGUUUGUUCUUUAGGUUCUUGGAGAACAUCUCUGUCCAUUUAUACAUAUGCAAUCUCAUAAUGUAUUGCUGUAAUAGUACUAGCCAAAUGACUUUCACGGAUAUAGAGGAUUUGACCUAGGACCUGGUUUAUCUAUCCAUUUUUUAUUUGAAAGGUUGUAGAUACUACGAUUUAGAGACGUAAUUGAGAUAAGUGGAUACUAAUGAGAAGCCAAU